AUGAAUCCAAAUGAAAGCUUUCUAUCUACGGUUUCGACUGCCAACCCAGGCGCACCGGUAAUGGCCCGAAUAGUGGCCAACGUGGUUGAUAUGCAACAGCACCUAGUAAAUCAGUAUCAGACAGUUGUCAGUUCGAUGGAAGCCCUGAAGACAGAGUUGCAUACUUGUACGCAGUCAUUGAGAGAGGACCUUAGGCGAACUGAUGACCGUGCUCAAAAGCAGGUAGACGAUUUGCGGGCAACUCACGCAAAUGAAGUGGAGCGUUUGAUGGAUUUGAUCAAGACUUUGCUGGUAAAAGACACUAGCGCAGCAGCACAUUCGCCUCCAAGGGUUGCUGAGCCGCCUCGUGUGACUCCAACACAACUUGCCUAUGCAAACGCCGCACCCGCUGGUAGCUUCUUUGGAGCUCCCGCAGGCGUACCUAAUGAUCUUACCGCUCACGCUCAAUAUAUGGCCUAUUAUAUGCAGCAGUUGCAGGAACAACAGAGAAUGCGAACUUUGGGUGCUCAAACAGGCGGAUUCUUUGGCAGUCAGCCUGGUAUUGGCAUGAGUGCAAUGGGGAUUCCUGCAGCU